AAUCUUUCCACACUUCAAAUUAUUAAUACAUUUCAUAACUUGUACCACGUAGAGUGCUAGUUGAGAAGGGAAUGCUUGUGUUUGUUUUCUUUUGAAGGAUGAAUUUUAUUAUAUAUAUAUAUAUAUAUAAAAGCCCAAAGGGCGAAAUGAGAAAACAGACAACAAAACAGACCAACAGAAAAGAAAAACUAAAAAUACAACACCUCAACCCCCAACUUAGUCACCCCACUCCCUAAUCAUGAAGAACAAUCAGUUAACUAUAAAAACCUAGCAAUGACUAUUAUCCCUGAAACAUCUUUCAUUCCUUUCCCACCAUAUGCCCCUCAAAGCUGCCAGCAAUGCUAUAAGCCAUUUCCAUUUGUCGGAUGAAGAGGGGAAGCCAACAUGCCAGGCCAUAAAGAGCCGACUCAAAGAGAAAUGCUAAUAGGAUGCUUUCCCAAACCCCUGCCACAAAGGUUUCACUUAAGGGCCUGUUUUCAUCAUGCAAGUUGGGAUGAUGGCAUUGGAAUCUUUUGGUGUAUAGCUGUUAUAUUUGAGCAUUUAAACAAUUUGAACUUGGAUGCGGAUGGAUCUAUGUCAACCUCUGCAGGUAGAAACUUUAUUUCUGAAAAUGCAUAUGAAGAUGUCAUUAGUCAGAUGAAGGAUUUAUCUGUUGAAGCUGGUGGGAAGGGCACUUCCAAGAAAGAACUCAAUAGUCAGCACAGCCUUUUCUAUGAUAUGAUGGAAUGCAUUGAGUGGAUGAAAUUGUUGGUCCUGAAGGUACUGAAAAGGCAACUGUUCCUGUUGAAUAUGUCUCACCUUCUUCCAAUGCUCAGCCCACAACUACACAAGAUAGCGCCUUUGUUCCUACUUCACUUCGCAUGGUAAGUGUGGCACUUCACUUUUUCCUU